AAUCAGACCCUUAAAAGUUCAAACAUUACCUACAUUUAGGAUUUAAACGGUUCAAUCAAACAUCCAAAAUUCUAGCGACAGGCUAUUCCUACAAUGUAAACUAGGUUGCUAGAUUUGGAAUCGCAGUUCCCUUUCUUAGAGUAAAAGCAACUUCUACGCUAGUUCCACAGUUGCUCUCUCUAAGAAAGGAACCUCUAGCGAUGAACACGGGAUUCCAACUUUGGCUGGACGCCAUUCUUUAGGGAGUGAAAGUAAAGCUCCCCCUCCCCCUUUUCUCUCUCUCGUAUAUGACAAUAGGAUAAACGGAAGAAAAUGAUAGAAAGAAAGUGCAGAUUUGGUGUGUCUGUUCUGUGUCAUUGAAAAGAAUGUAUAAGCACAGUUUUAAGGUCUGCUUCUUUUUCAGCAGAAGAUUCAGGACAAAUGUAGCUGAAGCACCAGAAGAUGUGAAGAGGAUGUUUGAUAAAUACUCAGAGAAUGGCAUAAUGAACAUUGAGCAAUUGCAGAAGUUCUUGAAUGAUGUUCAAGGAGAAGAUAGCAGAAAAGCUCAGGUCAUCUUCAACAAUUUCAAGCACCUCAAUUUCUUUCAGAGAAGAGGCCUUCAUCUAGAAGAAUUCUUCCGUUAUCUUCUUGAUCAAGACCUUAAUCUUGCUUUCUCUCCCUCCCAUUCGGCCUAUCAGGACAUGACAGCCCCAUUGUCUCACUAUUACAUAUUUACUGGCCACAACUCCUACUUAACAGGAAAUCAACUAAGUAGUGAUUGCAGUGAGACUCCUAUCAUAAGGGCUCUUAAAAAAGGAGUAAGAGCAAUUGAGCUUGAUUUAUGGCCUAAUUCCAAGAAAAAUGGCGUUGAUGUUCGUCAUGGAGGGACACUCACAGCUCCUGUGGAACUCGUCAAAUGCCUAAGAGCAAUCAAAGAUCAUGCCUUUACAGCUUCAAAGUAUCCUGUAAUUAUAACUUUUGAGGACCAUCUCACUCAUGAUCUUCGACAAGAAGUGGCCGAGAUGCUUAAGUCAACAUUUGGGAGCAUCCUCUAUGUUCCUGAACCUGGAGAAUACUUGAAUGAAUUUCCAUCGCCGGAGUUACUUAAGGGAAAGAUUCUGAUUUCUACCAAACCACCAGAGCGUACCACCAGGGAAAAACCACCAGCAGAUGAGAGUGCAAGCUCUGAAGAAGAUAUAGAGGGGUAUAUGGAGGAGUUGGAUAAAGAUGAAGAAAUCGAUAUUCCAGAAUAUGAAAGUUUGAUUGCUAUUCAUGCAAAGAAGAUGAAACGUGGAUCAGAUCUCCGGACCUUAUUUAAUGAUAUGGAAAAAGUUUUGAGACUUAGUCUGAGUGAGCAAAAACUUGAAGAGGCUGUGUCAAAAUAUGGACACGAAAUUAUCAGGUUUACUCAGAGGAAUUUGCUGAGAGUGUAUCCAAAAGGUUCAAGAUUCAACUCAUCUAAUUACAAUCCUAUGCUUGGCUGGACUCAUGGGGCUCAAAUGGUUGCUUUUAACAUGCAGAGAGCUGGGAAAUACUUGUGGACCAUGGAAGGAAUGUUCAGAGGCAAUGGUGGUUGUGGCUACAUUAAGAAACCUGAAUUCUUGCUUAAUAACCCAAAGACAUCUAGUUCCAGAUCAACACCCUCGCAAAGGAUAAAAGGUUUAAAGAUAAAGGUAUACAUGGGAGAAGGAUGGCAUUUGGAAUUCGAUCUCUCACAUUUCGAUUUCUAUUCACCUCCAGAUUUAUACGUUGAGAUCAGAAUGGUCGGGGUUGGAAAGGAUAGAGCGACGAGAAAAACCAUCCCCAUUGAAAACCAGUGGGUACCUGUUUGGAAUGAGGAGUUUAGUUUCUCAAUAAGCACUCCUGAACUGGCUUUGCUACAAAUUGUGGUUCGUGAUCACGAUACCUCUGGAAAAGAUGACUUCGCGGGGCAGACAUGUUUGCCGGUGAAAGAGCUCCAAUCAGGAAUCCGAGCAGUGCCAUUGUACAAUAAGAGGGGAGAGAGAUACAAGCAUGUGAAGCUCCUUAUGCGCUUCGAUUUCCAAAAAUGA